AGUUCUCUGUAGAGCAGAUACGGUAUAAUGUGGAAUUGUGCUGAUCUUCAAUCGUGGGAAAUUACUGUGUAGCCUAUUCUGCAAAUGAACAUAACGCCACAUUGUACAGCACCUUUUCUCUAAGUCUAUUUCAGUUAUUUGCUGCAAGAAUGGUAAUGUGUGUGUGAUCUAGAUCAUAGGCUACAGUAGCAUAAAUCACGUCUGCGCACAGAGAAACUGUGCUAUCUGUUUUUGAGGCUUUCAAUAAAAAGUACUCCACGUGAUAUUUAAGAGAGCAAACCCCAUCCAGCUAUUUCGAUUGAUUCAGUGCAUUUUGGGCGGAUAUCGAUAGAAUAAAAUGCCACUUCAAGUUCUUUGAAGAGUGAUCUAGCUGCGCCAAACCAUUCGCUUUUUCCUUGCUGGUCUGGGGAGCAACACAAGAUGGGAAAGCUCUCCAAUCUCCGCGUGCUCAGUGGGACGCUCGACUGAACAGCGACAGUGCUGAAGAUAGCGCUGUCUGCCGCUGUGCCCUCUGCCACUGUCCGUGGUCCUGAAGUCAAAUGCGUCCCCUCUCACUCACAAGGGUGAUGUAAAGCGCCGCUGUUCUGCACGCUCCUCUUCACAAAAUUGGCGGUAUAGGCGGAGGACUUGAAUCGGGGCUUUUUCGCUUCAGCUUAUUCAACUAACGAGCAUCAAGCUAUGAUUGGUAGGCUACCAUGUUCUCUGCUUCUUCCCGGAGAGUGCGCACGGAAAAGUGUGGACAAAUAAAAUAUCUUUAGUAGGCGAAACAUUUAACUUUUACUGGAGAUGCUGGGUUUAAACUUAUUUUCUUUUAGUUAUUUUUUCUCUUCUUAAAGGUGUAUCUUCCAGAGUUUGAGUCUAUUAUUCCAAUUGCACUCGCUGCUGGAUGUAUGUUACAAUACAUAAUUAUGUUUUUGAUCUACCUGCGGCAUUUGGAAGUUGAUUGAAAUUACUCUCACUGCCGUGGACGACUAUGAGUAGGCUAUUGGCAACAAUAGAAGGCAAAAUAAUUUCGUUAAAAAAAAUUCAAGGCUUCUUUUUCACACAUCAACUACCUAUUGUUAUCUUUAUCUACGGGAAAUAAGGGAUCGUCUGAGUCAUGUAUCAGAUUGAUUUGCGUGUGCAUAUCACAUCGCUCGCGCUGCUCCGAAGUCACCCGUACUGAAAAUGGUGUCGUUUCUAACUGCUUUUACGUACAACAACAGCAACUGAAGGGGGAUUCUAUUUUUAUCUGGAGCCUGUUGGUUUUAUCCAAUGGUCAAUCUGGAAGUUAUCCUGUGUUUAAUCCAUUCUACUGGGUUUGGAUCUCUGUUGAUCCUGACUCCAACUAGUGGAACCGAACAUUUCAACGCGCAUGUUAAUUUGGCCUUCGUGCUGCACAGACUGGGAAUGGAAUGGGCAAAGUAAAUGCAACUUCGACCCUUUCCUUGACUGCAACAGGAAUACCGCGGCGAAGGAUGGGCUUUCUCUUUCCAACAACCUGCAUUGUCCUCCUCGUCCUCCACGCCACCUUGUCACCAGCCUCCCUCAGUCUCGAGGAUUACGCCGCGGACGAGGCAGAGCGAACUGCCAACAGCGACAACAUAAUUUUCGACGAUUACCGGGGGAAAGUUUGCGUGGACGACAGUGGCUUUGUUUACAAACUGGGGGAGCGUUUCUUCCCGGGACACUCAAACUGCCCAUGCGUGUGCACUGAGGAUGGGCCAGUGUGCGACCAGCCGGAGUGCCCCAAGAUACACCCUAAGUGCACAAAAGUGGAGCACAAUGGAUGCUGUCCUGAAUGCAAGGAAGUUAAAAACUUUUGUGAAUACAGGGGGAAAACUUACAAGAUCCUGGAGGAAUUUAAGGGUUCCCCGUCCGACGAGGAAGGGACCAGUCCACCCGCCGUCGCGCCCGUACUACCCCCGGUCCUACCCCCAGCCUCUGCAGCGCAGCUCCAAUCAAGAACCAGGAAAUAUAGGCCUUCGCCUUGUGAGUGGUGUCGCUGUGAACCAAAUAACGAGGUGCACUGUGUGGUCUCUGACUGUGCUGUCCCAGAGUGUGUCAACCCAGUCUACGAGCCAGAACAGUGCUGUCCCAUCUGUAAAAACGGUCCAAAUUGCUUUGCCGGAACGACGAUCAUCCCAGCCGGUAUUGAAGUGAAGGUGGAUGACUGCACCAUUUGCCGCUGUCACAAUGGGGACUGGUGGAAGCCAGCACAGUGCCUGCGCCGGGAGUGCCUCAACGGCCAGACGUUGUCAUAGAAACCCCGGCGGGGACGGUGUCGGUGAUGUGCAGCCAGGGAGCGGUCCUGCCUGCUGCAAAGGCAAACAAACAAACAAACGCUCAUCUUGUAUGAUUGAUAUGAUGGACAGGAGAGGAGCACAAUUCCUUGGCAACAUUGACUAGGAGACUGCAUAACAAGCUGAAAUGAAAAGCUCUUGUACACAGUACCUACACACCACCACUACCACAACUUUAACCACAGAGGAGCGGAGAGAGCAGGAGGAACUUUGCUUGAGACUGUUUUUUUUGGCUUCUGUUUUGACUGUCUGACUAUUUAUAUUUUCUGAUAACUACUUAUUGCUUAUGCUGCUUAUAAACAUAAUGUUUAUAUAUUUCAUGAAGUCAUUUUCACCUAACCAUUAGCACUGUUAAACACGGUCAGAUGUGUUCUGUCAUCUGCUUGCUGUAGCUCUCUCACUCUGAGAUGUCUUCACCACACCGCUUCGCUUCGGGAAUUACAAUGGUCACAAAACAUAUCACUCACAGCUGUUGGCUUCCCACUAAAUGUGCAAUCCUUCUAUGAGUCAAUAGCAAGAGUUCACUCCUGGUGUUGGGGUCAAUGCAAUUAAUUAUUUACAUAAAAUGCCAGCAUUCUGAUGUGCUGUUAGUUACACUCAUCUGGGCUGACAAAAGAUGCAUGGCCACAAACAGAUCCCCUCAGUUACUGUUUUUACUACACACAAUAUUCUUGAUGAGAAUGUCUUCAAGGUGCUCUUCUCUGCAUGGAGAGAUUGGGGGCCAGUUUUAUCUAAUAUACAGUACCAGUCAAAAGUUUGGACACAUCUACUCAAUCAAGGGUUUUUCUUUAUUUUGAUUAUUUUCUACAUUGUAAAAUAAUAGUAAAGACAUCAAAACUAUGAAAUAACACAUGUAGUAAUUAAAAAAGUGUUCAACUAAUCAAAAUGUAUUUUAGAUUUUAGAUUCUUCAAAGCUGACACCCUUUGCCUUUAUGACAUCUUUGCACACUCUUGGCAUUCUCAACCAGCUUCACCUGGAAUGAUUUUCUUGAAGAAGUUCCCAUAUAUGCUGAGCACUUGUUUAUUGCUUUUCCUUCACGCUGCAGUCCAACUCAUCCCCAACAAUCUCAAUUGGGUUGAGGCCAGGUGAUUGUGGAGGCCAGGUCAUCUGAUGCAGCACUCCCUCACUCUCCUUCUUGUUUAAAUAGCCCUUACAAAGCCUGCAGAGGUAACCCUGGGUCUUCCUUUCCUUUGGCAGUCCUCAUGACAGCCAAUUUCAUCAUAGCGCUUGAUGGUUUUUGCGACGGCACUUGAAGAAACUUUCAAAACUUUCUUGAAAUUUUCCAGAUUGACUGGCCUUCAUGUCUUAAAGUAAUGACGGACUGUCGUUUCUCUUUGCUUAUUUGAGCUACAGUAUUCUUGCCAUAAUAUGGACUUGGUCUUGGAAAUUAAUUCCACAAAUUAACUUCUAACAAGGCACACCUUUUAACUGAAAUGCAUUCCAGGUGACUACCUCAUGAAGCUGGUUGAGAGAAUGCCAAGAGUGUGCAAGGUUGUCAUCGAGGCAAAGGGUGGCUACUUAGAGUAAUCUCAAAUAUAAAAUAUAUUUUGAUUUGUUUAACACUUUUUUUGUUACAUGAUGUUUCCACAUAUGUUAUUGCAUAGUUUUGAAGUCUUCACUAUUAUUCUACAAUGUAGAAAACCUUUGACUGGUACUGUAUAGCCAACCGAUACAUUAGUAAGUGAUAAGUUACUGGAAAAAGUAGAAAAAGGAACCAACUUGACUUAUUUUAGUAGUUGAAACAACUAGUUAAGUUAGAAGCCAUGUAACCCAUAACAGAGGGGGUAAAAAAUGAAUAUGCUCCAGCAUUCAUACACUACCGGUGCCAUUCCUCUUGGCUUAAUUGCCUUUGUUGUUUUCCCCCAUAGCCCAAACCAACAAAAAUUGUUCUCAGUGUGAACAGCUUGAAUUUGUUAUCUAAGAAAUUAGCGAGCCAAGCAGUGGCCUGCUAUAAUUUCCAUUAAUCAAAGGGUAUUCUGUGAUAAACCAUCUGGCCGGGCCUCUCUGCGCUCAACACUACGCCACCUGCCUGCCGUCUGCAAGCAGCAGCCAAGCACCCUCUGCAAAAACUCAGAGAGAGACAAAGGGGAUAUCUGCAUAAGCAAACAAACACACAGGUGAACACGUAUGCAUGUGGAUACACACAAGCAUGUGCGGGCAGACACACACACUUGUACGCACACCCUUUCAUCCUCUAUAGGCCCAUACCUACAGCUUGCACAGUAAUUCAUUUUCAGCUUAAAAAAUGUUGAUCCACUGCACCCCAAGAAGAAGCACUUAAGCCAAUAAGGCUCUCACUGAGAUACAAAGUUCCUCCCCUCCCAUCCUCUCGUCUAUAGAUUACACAAUAGAUUUUCUGUUUUCUAGCCUCCUCCAAAUAUCUGCAUAGCUCCGCUACAGCACCCCACAGUAUGGCCAGGGUUAUAACUUAGCUUGAUUUAAUGCAUUGCUUUGCCUAUAGAUCCCUUCCUAUAGGUUUCAGGGUCACACUCCAGGCAACCAACCCUACCCAACCUCUCUUCCUUUUCUUUUUGAAAUGAUUAAAACUAUUCAUUAAUUCAAAGGCAGAUUUCCUGCUAAGCCCAUGCAAUUCAUCACUGAUACUUUAUUUUUUUGUUUCAGUGAGAAUCCAUUCCUGUUCACCUUUUAGAAGCUAUUCGUCCUGUGUGAUAUAUUAACUACUUAAUAACGGCUUCCAGUUUCUGGUAAUGAGACGGAAAUUAACCCAGGAGUGAGGCCCCUGACUAAAGAGGUGGAAGAAUAUAAUAUGACAUAGACUAUGUCCCAAAUGGCACGCUAUUCACAAUGUAGUGAGUGCACUACAUUUGACAAGGGCCCAUAGGGCUCUGGAUAAAAGUAGUGCACUAUAUAUGGAGCAGGGUCCCAUUUGGGACAAUCCCAAAAAUAUACAUGACCUAAUAAGCGUCUCCUCCCAAACCCAUCUAUGUCUGUCUGCAGCCACUGUACUGUAGACUACCUCAUUCUGUUAUACUCAGCUGCCUGUAGUUGUAUCACUAUUGAUUGGGGAAUUCAGAAGAUGAACAAAUGAGGGAAGGGGACUUCAAACCUGGGUGCAUCAUUAUGGUCAAAGUUGCUCAGGUCAUUUUUAUCAUUACCUUGUCUCGUGAUGAAUUAGUCAUUUGUAAUGAGAACAGAGAUGCAAUUUGUCAAGCCAGAAUACUUACACGACAGGACCUAGAGAAGAGAGGGGAGUGUUACUUUAUUAAUCCCAAUUUGGGAAGUUGUUUUAUCACAGCAUACACCAUCAAUAACUCACAAGGACACAUAACGACGACAGACAUAUAAUAAAAAACGACACAUAUUAAGAUGCAUGAAAGCACUUGCACCUUAAGAUAUACAUCACUCUACAGGUCCAUACAUUGUAUGAGACUCCAUGACACCUUUAUCACUCAUCUCUUUUAAUUAGGUAUAUCAUAGUCCUGAUAUCUGAGAUUUUCUCUUUAGUGUGUUAUAGAUUUUUAGGACUGGAUAUAGAUUAUCUCUUGCUACCAUGGUGUGCUUAAUAACCAUGGAAAUAAUUGAGAGACAGAAAGAAAGAAAGAGAGGUGGAGAGAGAGGGAGACAGAAAAAGAGAGAAAGACAGUAUUCCAGAUGAACAGGACAGAAGUAUGUCAUAUUGAAGUUGUUCUGGAACCCUUACAGGAACCGUCCAUGGCCUGCAGCUGCAAACCAACCAGCUGAGACCUCAAGUGCUAUGUAUAUCCAUUAUCUGCCUCAAUUCAGUUAAACAUACUCUACAUACAUAGCCAAGAGGUAGUGGAUAUGUAGUUCCCCAUACAUAUAGCAUAGCCAAGAGCUAGUGGAGUCACCUCGAACCUGCAUAGCUCCUCUGUGACCAGUGGCCAGCUGGGUUCAGUGUACAGUGGGAUAAGGCAGAGCCAUAUAUAAUGUAUAACAGUGCAUAUACAGUAUAUAGCGCUGGGGAUAGGGAAGGAGUCCUCCAGGGAUUGUGUGGGUAAGCAGUACAGUUGAACUCAGACUAACCUGUUCUGGAUAGGUGGUUAAUCUCUCCCUCAGGAAUUGCUCAUUUCCUGCAAUUCUACACAUUUUGCCAUGGGGCAGAGAGAAAAUGUUGCUGUUUUAAAGGUAAUUAAAGCUCAAAUAUAGGUGUGUUGACUGUGAUAAAGGAACUGGAUUAUGAGCUGUCUUGCUUGUUGAACGAACAAAUGAAGUAGGCAGUGGCAUGGUGCAUAUAGCCAUAGAAGCACAGUGACAUAUCCAUCAAUGCGGUCAUAUUCAUGGCUUUGUUGGGAUGUGGCUUUCAGUUAGUUAUUUUUUGGCCACCCAUCCCAUGAAAGUGAAUUUCAUUCCAGUGCACUGCUUGCUAUGAAUUAUAUCUGGUGGUGUUUGCAUGUUCAGGUAAAAAGGCAAAAUAAUGUCCCAUUUAGAACACUGACAAGUAGAGAGCCAUAGAGAUUAUAUUGAAUUACUAGAGGGGCUAUGUCAUAAACCCUCAAUGUUCCAGAAUGGGGUGAAAAUAGCAGUCAUAUUGGUCAGGGAGAAACCCAAACCAGUCUAAUUUGAAUUAAUGGCAGUAGAGGCAUUUAAUUAUGCAGGAAAAUAAAAGUAAGACGUGAUAUAUAAAAAAUGUGGUAAUAUAAUUAUUUUCAACCUAAAAUAUUGUCAUAUAAUUUUAGACACAAUUUGAAAAGGUUUUAUACCAAUUUUCUGUCAAAUAGCCUCUACAAUAUAUGCACAGACCAUAAAUGUCAACACUUUAGUUUUCUUGGAAAGCUGUGAGUGCUUUUAUUUGAGACAAUAUCAGUACUUGUUGCAUUUACAACUUGUCUAAGUCCUAUCAUCAACUGAUCUCAGCCAGUGUUUGGCUGUGGAUUGACUGCACUGUUUGAAUGGAAUGUUGGCCUAUUGGCAGUUAGUUAGAAAUAUUUAUGGAAUCAUUCCUCUAAAACUGUCUGGACAGCUAGCUAACACGCAUACAGCGCAGAUCAAUUAUUCAAAUUCAUUAUUUUACACAAUAUCUUAUCACAGCAAUGGCAAACAAUGGUUGACCAACUCCCUGACCAAAAUGGCGGACUUUUAUCCCAUAAUAAGGUUCUAGGGAUCAUAAUAUUGAAAUAACCCCUCUCCCAUUAAUAUUGCUAACCCAUUUCUCUUUAUUGACAAUCAUAUUCCCGGUUUGUUUCAUGAACAGUUGUCUUAUUGGAAUAAUACAGAGGGAAAUUAUUCAAGUACAAAGGUUAAGAAGGCAGUCAUAAUUGUUUUCAACACCAGCUACCGCCUAGCAUCCUGAAGAUGGUUUACUGCAGGGAGCUUUCAAUGUGCUCUAAAACUGUUCAGUGAACUUGCAGUAGAUUUUGAAUCCAACUGUGAGACCCCAGCUGCAGUGAAGAAUUAUUGACUGAGUAAUAGAGUUUCAAAAUGUAUCAAAAGAUAGUCUGAGGGAGCAGUCGAUAUCCCUGUUAAUUUUCUGCUCAUGAAAUAGUCUGGUCUUUUGUGUGUCUGGCCAUGAAAGUCUAGCCUACUACUCACAAAGCACUCUCCAACCCAUUCAACUUGACACUGCUCAUUUGCUGUCCAUCACCACGUUGUAAAGGUAUACCAUACAAUUUCUCUUUGCACCGACUUACUGUAGCUGGAAGCUAUGAAAGAUUGUUCUAUUGCUUUUCUUUUUAACCAAAAAAACUGUUACAUAAAGUGUGCCUGAAAAAACAAGAGUACUAUCUAGUAUUGAGAGAAAACACUUAAACAAUCAAAUUGUUUUAUUAUACAGGCGCUGGAGGGUCACUCCUAAAGAUUCUAUUAAUAUUAACUCCUUCUGUUAUCAUUUAAUGUUAUAUUGAAUUAGAGCCAGAAAUGUUCCUAAUAAUAACAGAGAUGGUUUGGUUGGAAAUACCAAGACACACUGACCUCUAGAGUCUAGAGACCAUAGCUUAUAACACAUAGUGGGUACAUACAUACAUCUAACCAAACACUCCCGAUUUUUGUUCCAAUUGAAAUAAAACCCUUGGUGCCAAUUAUGGUGUAUAGUAAGUUGUAAAUACCUUCAAAACAUAUGUGUAUUCUGAAAAUCAGAGUUGAAGAAAAAAACAUGUAUUAUUUAUGGAGACAAAAACUAUUUUGUUAAAUAUACUGAAAAAUAAGUGUUAUUAUACAGCAA